AUGAUGGUGGAUUUUGUGCUUCAAGUGACUAUACCUUCAAAAACAGUGGCGAGUGACAACGAAAACUUUACCUCGGAGAGUUGGACACAUUUUGAUAGGCUGUUGUUGCAGGAGCUCAGUUUGGCGAUCGACGCCCCAACCUCAGAAUUUUUGAACAUGAAGAGCUUGCUUCUGGUGAUACUCUUUAUACUCCUGGCAUCCGCCGCGGCGCUGGAGUCUCGGAUACUUACCUCCAGGGGUCGCAACUUGUUCCAGCCAUCACUGCAACCAAGGCAUCGGAGGAGGGAUCGCUCUGAUGGCAAACCACUGGAGGUCUUCGAACUCGCCAAACCUCCCGACUUACCUCCAGGAGCCACUGAGAUCUGCAACCAAGUGCUCGUCCGCCAUGUCUUCGGAAAUACACUGCAAAAUCCCCCUCUCCUGCGUCCAUACUCUCCAUCGCCCAGCUGCGGGAAAAACUGGGCCCGCAUCUUCUUACGAUGGAGAGCCAGCUGCACAGGGCGGCAAUUCGACCGCAUCUCAGCAGUCUGGCUCGGCGGAGUAGAAAUUCUCCGAACAUGCACAGCGGAGCCAGUCCAGCAACCCGGGAUUCAAUGGACGGUGGAGAAAGAUGUCACGCGCUACUCGUCGCUGUUCAGUUCCCCUCAACCCGUGGCUCUGGAGCUCGCGAAUGUCGUGGAAGGUGUCUACACUGGUCUCUACAACGUGACAUUGUCCGUGCAUUUCUUUUCGAGCGAAUCCAACGAUCCAAGCUUCAAUGGCGGCGCAGAUGUUUUCCUCCCAUUUGCGAAUUUUAGCGCCCAGGAGUACUGGUUUCGCAUCCACAACGAGGGAGAAGCCCACAUACGAGAGAUUCACAUCCCACGAAACGCAUACAAGGCCGUGAUGGAGAUUUGUGUUUCGUUCCACGAACAUGACGAGUUCUGGUACAUCAACCCACCGAAUGAGUACCUCAAGGCGAGCAAUGUGACUGAUGAGGCGGGUAAUGGAGCCUUCCGGGAGAUUUUGGUAACUGUCGAUGGGUUGCUCGCGGGGGUGGUGUAUCCAUUUCCGGUGAUUCAUACCGGUGGGGUGAACCCAUACUUUUGGCGGCCCGUCUCAGGAAUCGGCUCCUUUGUUUUGCCUUCAUAUGAUGUGGAUAUCACGCCGUUUCUAGGGACGUUAGUGGACGGUGAGAGGCACAAGUUUGGAGUGUCGGUAACGAAUGCGCUACCGUCCUGGUUGCUGGGGGUGAAUUUGCAUGUCUGGGUUGACGAAUCUGUAGAAGCCACAAGAGGGGAGAUGGUGCACCACUUUGCCUCGACCUCCUUCCUGACGACGAAGUCCGAAUUUAUGGAGCUUGAUGGGACGUUCCUUAUGGAGACGUCGAGGGUGGUCGAGUACUCCGGAUGGCUGCUGUCGUCGUUGGGAAACUUGACCACAAGCGCAGAGCAUUUGUUCAAAUUCUCAAACUCUCAGGUAUUGUCAGAAGGUGGCAGGGGGGUCGAUGUCCACCAGGAGAGCUCCUCGGAGAGUAAAAUAGCGGUUAAGUCUCUGGAGAGUUGCUUGGUGUAUGACCACAGAUUAUACAGAUUUCCCCUCCGAUUAUCGAUGCAUGCAACGGAAUAUGUCGACGGAAGCUACGUGAUCAAGGCGAAGAUCAACCGUGCUUGGGAGGAAGAGCGGCAGUACCAGUCUAGGACAAGCCCUAGUCGAAACUCCUUCAAUGCGUUAAAAAACAGGCAGCAGGCACAGGGAAGGCUGUUCCUCUCGCCUUCGGGUGAAAGUCGUGGAAUCGCAACGACGAAACAAACACUGAGUUACGACGGAACUGGAGGAUGUUACUCUCGCUCUCUUGGCGUCUCGAGCAAUGGAUCCUUCCUAUUUGAUCAAUCUCAUACGCGUUGCACAUAA